UCACUAGAUCAUUGGUUCAAAGAUCAAUUAAAACUUUAGUAGUUCUUUUCAAUGUUGCAAAAAAGAUCGAUUACCUAAAGACCCAAGUGUCGUCGUUUCACUGGGAAUCGGUGCCGAUAUCAAAGUAGAACAACCACGAAUACUCAGGCACCCUCCCUGUCAGACCGAAGUCAUUGCCUUCUUCCAGGGAUCGGAAUUUUACGGUGCCGAUCCCGUUACAGUACCCAAUGCUGAUCUGUUUGGUCGGAUCGGAAGAUUCUUCCCAAUUGCUAAAUAUAUGAAAGUUCGUUUGUUACUUACACGAUUGCAUCACGUCGCGUCGCCAGCAGCCACAGUAUCCCGGAUUUCCAAUAAUUGUUUAGGUAAAUACAAAACUAUGCCAGUGGUACAUCUUGACAUCGGCACCUUCUUCACAAAAAUGAUCAAUCGAACCCAUAUCGAUCACAUGAUUCUCGAUAACGAAGGCCCAGAGUAUCAGCUGAUGCCGAUGAUAGCUAUCGAGAACGUAUUUGCAAAGCAGAACAUCGACAUAUGCCAUAUGAACGUUGAGGUGGGUGUAGCUAGAAAAGCUGGAAAAACCUUUUUGUCGACAUCAAAGGUCAGUAUUACCGCAGACCGAUAUUUGUAA